ACAUUUGUUGGUGUCGCGGAACUCUGCAACAAAACGGGACGGACUGGUUUUACGCGACACGACGAACAGAAGGCUCGCACGUUUGCGGUAUAUUGCGCAACUAGCAUCUCACAUUGUCUGCUCUAUCGAAAAGUGCAGGAGGCUCAACGCCGCUCGCAUAUGGCCGCUGAGCUGCUGGUGCAAGGAUCCCAGUUGCUUAUUUCUGAAGAAGAUGUCAAUCGACUCACAAAUGAGCCCAUUAAAGACUGGAGGUAUUGGAGUCCUCAUUUUGACUGCUUCUACUUUUCACCGCGCUCUAUUGGUGAUGGCGAUGCUUACGUUGCGGCAUCGAUGACCAUGUUCGAAGAUCUUGGAUUUAGAGCAAGGUAUAGCAUGGAUAAGCGAAAAUUAGCUUCGUUCAUUUUACGGGUCGCCAAAGGAUAUCGCGAGGUACCAUAUCAUAAUUGGUCACAUGCGUUUUCCGUGGCUCAUUUCUGUUGGAUCAGCCUACGGACCCCAGCUGUGCUUCAUGGGCUUGAUGAAUUGGAGCGGUUAGCGCUGUUAAUUGCAUGCCUAUGCCAUGACAUUGAUCAUCGGGGCACGACGAAUGCAUUUCAAUUGCAGUCGAAAACCCCUCUUGCCCAACUGUAUAGCAGUGAGGGUAGUGUGCUCGAAAGACAUCAUUAUGCUCAGACGGUGCAGAUUUUAAAGAUGACCGAGUGUAAUAUUUUGGAUCAGCUGACACGAACGCAGUACCAAACGGUGUUGAGUCAUAUCCGAGACGUGAUCCUUGCCACGGAUAUCGCAGUGCAUCUAGGCAAAGUUGGUCGGAUCAAGGCGAUGGUUGAUCAAGGUUAUGACCCAUUGUCACGAGAUCACCACUAUCUGUUCAUGUGUCUGUUGAUGACAUCGAGCGAUUUAUCGGAUCAGUCGAAGGACUUCCGUAACUCGAAGGCUAUCGCUGAGAACAUCUACCGCGAGUUCUUCUCCCAAGGUGAUCUCGAGAAACAGAUGGGUGCUAGUCCAAUGGAAAUGAUGGAUCGGGAUCGUGCAGCUGUGCCAAAGAUUCAGCUCGACUUCAUGGAUACUGUUGCGUUGCCUGUUUUCGAGUGA